CGUCACAGCCCGGGGUUUCUCUCUCUGUGCUCGAGCGCGUCAUGGCGGAGGCCGGCUGGUGUAGGAUUUACAGCUGAAAUAUGCCUGCUAUCCCAUCUGUUUUCCCGGCACAUGGAAUACAAAAAACUGCUUAGCGUCUAAACCCAAGGCACUGUUGACCGUGGAGGGGAAAACUCAGAAACUCACCUCUCAGAAUAAAGUAUAAGACUGUUUUGUGGAGUUCUCGAACGACAGCGGCUAUCGGCAGAAAAAGCCCGAAAGCAGCGCACGGGCAGACAGGUGAGCUGCUCUGAAGUGGCGCACACAGACUGCGAGGAUCUCAUCAGGGACUAAUCUUUAAUAUUUGCUUGCGAUGGAUGGACGCAGUGAAGAUGAAAGUGUCAGCAACAGCAGUGGAGAGUCCAGUAAUUCAGAUGAUGAGUCUGGGUCAGGAUCGGGUUCUGGCUCGGGGUCGAGUUCAAGCAGUAGCAGUUCUAGCAGUAGCCAAUCAGGGAGCAGUGACUCAGGAAGCGGCUCAGAUUCUGGAAGCCAAUCAGACUCAGACUCUGAGAAAUCCAAGGAAAAGAAUGAUCAAGACAACAAAAUCGACGGAGCAGCGUUUUGGAAGUCCAAUCCCAGUAUCCUGACAGUGCAAAGGUCAGCCAUGCUCAGGAAACAACAGCUUCAGCAGCAGCAGCUCCAGCAGCAGAGUUCCUCAAACACUGGUUCAGACGAGGACUCUUCCAGUAGUGAUGAGUCAGAUGAUGAUUCAAAGAGCAGGAGUAAAGGGUCUGGUUCAGACUCUGACUCGGGCUCUGGUUCAGGAAGUGGCUCGUCUGACUCUUCAGCAGAGGAGGAAGAGAACAGUGACGAGUCAGUGUCAGACUAUGAGCCCAGUCACAAAGUCAAGAGCAGAAAACCUUCAAACAAGGCCAAUGCCAGGAAUGGGAGGAAUAACAAAGCUCCCAAAAAGAAGCCCCCCCGUUCCUCCUCAGAUGACGAGGACGAUUAUAAAAAAGCUCUAGCGGGACCUCGGCGGCAGGCCACAGUCAAUGUGAGCUACAAAGAAGAUGAGGAACUGAAGACUGAUUCAGAUGACCUGGUGGAGGUGUGUGGAGAGGACGUCCCACCACCAGAGGAGGACGAGUUUGAGACACUGGAGAGAGUUAUGGAAAUGAGGAUGGGCAGGAAAGGAGCAACGGGGGCCGUAACCACAGUGUAUGCAGUAGAGGCAGAUGGAGACCCAAAUGCUAACUUUGACCCCAACAGACAGCCAGGAGAGGUGCAAUACUUGAUCAAAUGGAAGAACUGGUCCCACAUUCACAACACAUGGGAGACAGAGGAGACGCUUAAACAGCAGAAUGUGAAGGGCAUGAAGAAGCUGGACAACUUCAAGAAAAAAGAGCAGGAGAAGAAGAAAUGGCUCAAAGCUGCCUCACCUGAGGAUGUGGAAUAUUUCAACUGUCAGCAGGAGCUCAUGGAUGACUUGCAUUCACAAUAUCAGCUUGUGGAAAGAAUCAUUGGACAUUCAAAUCAGAAGUCUGCUGCAGGUUAUCCAGAUUACCUUUGUAAAUGGCAAGGGCUGCCAUACUCCGAGUGCAGUUGGGAAGAUGGUGCUCUUAUUGCCAGGAAGUUUCAAAAGUGCAUUGAUGAAUACAUGAGUCGGAAUCAGUGCAAAACCAUUCCCUACAGAGACUGCAAGGUUUUAAAACAGAGGCCACGGUUUAUGCCCAUGAAGAAGCAGCCUCACUACAUUGGUGCAGAUGGGUUGGAGCUGCGGGACUAUCAGUUGGAGGGUCUGAACUGGAUGGCCCAUUCUUGGUGCAAAGGAAACAGUUGUAUCCUGGCAGAUGAGAUGGGUCUGGGCAAAACCAUCCAGACAAUCAGCUUCCUCAAUUACUUGUUCCAUGAGCACCAGCUUUACGGGCCCUUCCUUCUGGUGGUGCCUCUGUCUACCCUCACAUCCUGGCAGAGGGAGAUCCAGCUCUGGGCUCCUCAGAUGAAUGUUGUGGUGUACCUGGGAGACAUCAACAGCAGGAACAUGAUCCGGACACAUGAAUGGAUGCAUCCGCAAACCAAACGACUGAAGUUCAACGUUCUGCUUACGACGUAUGAAAUUCUGCUGAAGGAUAAGUCAUUUUUAGGAAAUGUAAGCUGGGCAUUCAUUGGUGUAGACGAGGCCCAUCGGCUGAAGAACGACGACUCGCUCCUCUACAAGACUAUGAUCGAGUUCAAGUCCAACCACAGGCUCCUGAUCACUGGCACACCCCUCCAGAACUCACUCAAAGAGCUCUGGUCUCUACUACAUUUUAUUAUGCCUGAAAAAUUUCACUCUUGGGAGAUGUUUGAAGAGGAACAUGGCAAAGGCAGAGAUUCUGGCUAUACCAGCCUUCAUAAGGAGCUGGAGCCCUUCCUGCUGCGCAGAGUGAAGAAGGAUGUGGAGAAAUCUCUGCCUGCCAAGGUGGAGCAGAUUCUCAGGGUGGAGAUGAGUGCUGUUCAGAAACAAUACUACAAGUGGAUAUUGACAAGAAACUAUAAAGCCCUGAGUAAAGGCACUAAAGGAAGCAAGUCAGGCUUCCUCAACAUCAUGAUGGAGUUGAAGAAAUGCUGUAACCACUGCUACCUCAUUAAAUCGCCUGAGGACAACGAGUUCUACAACAGACAAGAAGGCCUACAGCACCUUAUUCGCAGCAGUGGGAAGCUGAUACUUCUGGAUAAACUGCUGGUUCGGCUGAAGGAACGAGGGCACCGUGUGCUCAUCUUCUCCCAGAUGGUUCGGAUGCUGGACAUCCUGGCUGAGUACCUGAAGUACCGGCAAUUCUUAUUCCAGAGACUGGACGGUUCCAUAAAGGGUGAGAUGAGGAAGCAGGCAUUAGAUCAUUUUAAUGCAGAGGGCUCCGAGGAUUUCUGCUUCCUGUUGUCCACGCGAGCGGGUGGUCUGGGCAUUAACCUGGCCUCUGCAGAUACAGUGGUCAUUUUUGACUCCGACUGGAACCCUCAGAAUGACCUGCAGGCCCAGGCCAGAGCUCAUAGGAUUGGUCAGAAAAAACAGGUGAAUAUUUACCGUCUGGUGACAAAGGGCUCAGUUGAGGAGGAAAUUAUUGAGAGAGCCAAGAAGAAAAUGGUGUUGGACCAUCUUGUGAUUCAGAGGAUGGACACCACGGGAAAGACCGUCCUUCACACGGGUGCUGCUCCUUCCAGUUCCACUCCAUUCAACAAGGAGGAACUGUCAGCCAUCCUGAAGUUUGGUGCUGAAGAACUUUUCAAAGAGCUGGAGGGAGAGGAGCAGGAGCCUCAGGAGAUGGAUAUCGAUGAAAUCCUAAAGAGAGCAGAGACCAGAGAGAACGACCCUGGACCAUCCACUGUAGGAGAAGAGCUCCUCUCACAAUUUAAGGUGGCAAAUUUCUCCAUGAUGGAGGAUGAGGAAAUCGACAUGGACACUGAGAGGGAUGAUAAAAACUGGGAUGACAUUAUCCCAGAGGAGCAGCGGAGGAGACUUGAGGAAGAGGAGCGACAAAAAGAGCUAGCAGAGAUCUAUUUACUGCCUCGCAUGAGGAAAUGUGCUAAACAGAUCAACUUUAAUGGAAACGAGGGCAGACGUAGCCGGAACAGACGAUACUCUGGUUCAGACAGCGAUUCUGUCUCUGACAGAAAGAGGCCCAAGAAACGAGGAAGACCUCGAACUAUUCCAAGAGAGAACAUUAAGGGUUUCACCGAUGCUGAGAUACGCAGGUUUAUCAAAAGUUAUAAAAAGUUCGGUGGCCCUUUAGAAAGGCUUGAUGCUAUUGCUCGUGAUGCUGAGUUGGUGGAUAAAUCAGAGCAUGAUCUGCGGCGUCUGGCUGAGACUGUACAUAACGGCUGUUUGAAAACGCUAAGGGAGAACCCCUGUGGACCAGAAAGAACCUCAGGAGGCAGGCGAGGGAAGGUGAAAGGACCCACCUUUAGGAUCUCAGGGGUUCAGGUCAAUGCUAAGCUAGUGAUCUCUCAUGAGGAGGAACUGGCACCAUUACACAAGGCCAUUCCUGCUGACCCAGAGGAGAGGAAAAGGUAUAUAAUCCCAUGCCACUCAAAGGCAGCUCAUUUUGACAUUGAGUGGGGUAAAGAAGACGACUCCAGCCUGCUUAUUGGAAUUUAUGAGUACGGAUAUGGCAGCUGGGAGAUGAUCAAGAUGGACCCAGACCUCAACCUCACACAUAAGCUCCUUCCAGAUGAUCCUGACAAGAAGCCACAGGCCAAACAGUUGCAGACACGAGCUGACUACCUCAUCAAAUUACUGAGCAAAGACCUCGCCAAGAAGGAAGCACAGAAACAAGCCGGCACAGCAAAUUCACGCAAGAGAAAACCACGGGGCAAGAAGAAUAAAGCUGUAAAACCCAAGAUGGAUGACGUGACGAACAGUCUGUCCUCUGCACCGCCAUCAGAUAAGAGCUCUGAAGAAGAGGAUGAGAAGGAGGAAGAGGAAAAGGAAACUCCUCCAGUUAAGACGGCCAACAGAAGAGCACGUGUGCCAGAGCGGUCGGUAAAGGAGGAGGAGGACGAGGAGGAGGAUGAGGAAUCUGAUGAGGACGAGCCUGAGGAUAAAGAGCCCGAAGAAAAGGACGUAACGGAGAAAGUGGUCAAAAAAGAGAUUAAGAAGGAGAAGAAAGAAGAGGGUCGGGACAGCAAGGAGAGGGAACCAAAAGAGAAGGAGAUCAAGUCAGAGCCUGAAGAAGAGUCUCCUGCAGAGAAGGCUGUAGAGGUGAAAACAGAAGUGCGGGAAAAGAAAGCCGACACUCCUGUGCACACGCCCUCAGGAGGAGAUGCAAUUCCACUGUCUGAGGAGUCUGAAGAAUUGGACCAGAAAACCUUUAGUGUGUGUAAGGAGCGCAUGCGGCCAGUGAAGGCAGCACUCAAGCAGCUGGAUCGUCCAGAGAAGGGCCUGUCUGAGCGCGAGCAGCUGGAGCACACGCGCCAAUGCCUGAUCAAAAUAGGAGAUCACAUCACUGAGUGUCUGAGAGAAUACACCAACCCCGAACAGAUCAAACAGUGGAGGAAAAAUCUGUGGAUAUUUGUUUCAAAAUUCACGGAAUUUGAUGCAAGGAAACUGCAUAAACUGUAUAAACACGCCAUCAAGAAAAGACAAGAAAAUGCUCAGGCAGUGGAGCAGAACACUAGCACUGUAAAUACACAAAGCUUUAAACAUGCAGAUGUUGAGCGGAUAAAGGAGUCACAGCAGGACGACAGCAGCAGAGACAGCUACAGCUCUGACAGACACCACUCAUCUCGCUACCACGAACACAGCAAAGAUCGGCACACAGGCGACUCGUACAGGAAGAGCUCAGAUUCCAGGAAGAGACCCUACUCCUCUUUCAGCAACGGCAAAGACCACAGAGAGCGAGAGAGAGACCAGUACAGAGAAAGAGGAGAGCGACAAGACAGCAGAUACUACAGCGAGAGCAAGCACAGGAAGCUGGACGAGCACCGCUCCAGCAGAGAGCACCGAUCAGAAAGCAACUCCAAGGACAGGACGCACUCCGAACACCGAUUCCACUCUGAGCACCGGCCCGCCUCCGACUACACGCAUCACAAAUCGUCCCGGGACUACCGCUACCAUUCGGACUGGCAGAUGGAGCACCGGCCGCGCUCGCCACGAGACCAGCGCUCGCCGUACGACUCGCGCUCGCCGCUCGGACGCCGCUCGCCUUUCGAGUACUCGUCCGACCACAGAAGCACACCCGAACAGGUCUGGAGCGGCCGCAAGACAUAACGUUCUCCGCUCCGCUCCGCUCGUUUCUGAUUAGCCAUAGACACACAACACACAGGAAAUGCCUUAGGGGACUGUUGGCCGCUGCACUGGGGCUCUGGGAGUGCCACCCUUUCCUACUCACCUUGGAGGAAACACAGAUCACAUAUUUUUGUAUUUAAGAGUUAGCUGCAUUCUUUCGUAGGUGCUGCAGAGUAAUUUUUUUUAAUUAUUAUUUUUAUAAAUUGACUACUUUCCUUUUUUGUUUUUUUGUUUUUCGUUUCGUUUUUUACUUGGAAACAGAUGAAUCCAUGUUUCACUCUCCCGUGCGACACUGGAUCCGGACAUACGCCCGUAAAUAAACGCGACGCAGCUUAUUUAAGAAGUGUUGAGUGAAAGGAUGCUACAAGCGUGUGUGUGUCGUCUCUAUCCGCUGGAGGACGUAAGGGGUUUCUGUUCUGAAGGACUGGGGUUCACCUUCCAAAGUACCUCGUUUACAGUGUUUUGUGACCAUUUUGCCAAUUUUUAUCUGUAAUUUGUUUUUGUUUUUUUCUUUCCAUCAUGCUUGAAUUAUUUAAAUCUGUCUCGGCUGUAAAAUAAUCUGGACUAUUUUUAGUGCGCAUCAGAUAAUGUCACUUUUUCACAUUGUACUACUGUAAAUUAUUGUAUAAAGUAAAUCAAAUGG